ACCGCGAGCUUCACCGCACUGACAGUCCACAUAUUACACUACUGACUCUAACGGCGGAGACCUUCAGAUAUGGCGGGGCUUCGUUGAGAGGGACAGAAAAUCUCCGAACACUACCGUUCACCGAACAGUUUGUAAUUGGACACGCGUCUCCCGCAGCCCUCCUUAUGCACCGCUGCGACGCGGAGAAACGGCAGCAGCGCUGAAAGAGUCGAAGGAAGAGGACGAGAGUGAUUUUUACCCCCUUGAACGGACAAUGGCGGACCGCGAUGCGCUGCCCCUUCCAUUGGAAUUGCGGGCCAGAUUGGCUGAGCUGGAGCUGGAGUUAUCCGAAGGCGACAUCACUCAGAAAGGAUAUGAGAAGAAGAGGUCAAAACUGCUCGGGGCGUAUCUGCCCCACCCUCCAGGGCUGGAGGCGUCCAUGGCACACGAGCGCAGACCGCCUAUGGCGCCCUCUGCUUCACGAUACCACCGUAGACGCUCCUCCGGCACCCGUGAUGAACGUUACCGAUCAGACGUCCACACAGAAGCAGUUCAGGCAGCACUAGCCAAACACAAGGAGAGGAAGAUGGCCGUUCCCAUGCCAUCCAAACGACGAUCUCUAGUGGUACAGACCUCUAUGGAUGCCUACACCCCCCCAGACACCUCAUCCGGCUCGGAGGAGGAGGGCGGCCAGGGCGAGGGUACCCCCACCUCCAGCCAGGGCAGCGUCAGCAUGGAGCACUGGAUCAGCCGGGCCAUCCACCAGGGUUCCACCACCUCCUCCUCCUCAUCAUCGACGCAGAGUGGGGGCAGCGGAGCCGCCGGGCGCCUGGCUGACGUUCUGGCUCAAACACAUGUUGGCAAAUCAGGGCCGAUUGCUCACCUCUCGUUGAAGAGGAAAACUUUGCUCGGCAUAGCAGAGAAUGGAAACUCGUUGCGGCGCUCCUGUGAGUUCGGAUCAGAUCUUCUCUGGCCGCCGCCCUUGGAGUCGGAGGAGAAUCACUCAGCCCCUCCAGACGUCACCACCUACACCUCCGAACAUCCCGUUCAGGUGGAGAGGCCACAGGUGUCCACGGUACCCCGGACCACACCCAAAUAUGGCAACGCCGAACUCAUGGAGACUGGAGAUGGAGUCCCAGUUAGCAGUCGUGUUUCAGCUAAAAUCCAGCAACUUGUAAACACGUUAAAGCAGCCCAGGCGACCUCCACUUCGAGAGUUUUUUGUUGAUGAUUUUGAAGAGCUCCUAGAAGUCCAGCAGCCCGACCCCAACCAGCCACGGCCGGAGGGCGCUCAGAUGGUCACCAUUCGAGGGGAACCGCUGGGAGUGGUCACUAAUUGGCCACCAUCUUUAGAAGCUGCACUGCAACGCUGGGGGACCAUCUCGCCCAAAGCGCCCUGCCUGACCACCAUGGACACCAACGGCAAACCCCUCUACGUCCUUACUUACGGCAAGCUUUGGUCUCGGAGCAUCAAAGUAGCGUACAACAUCCUCCACAAACUGGGCACCAAGCAGGAACCUAUGGUCCGACCAGGAGACCGGGUGGCUCUUGUGUUCCCCAACAACGAUCCCGCUGCCUUUAUGGUCACCUUUUAUGGCUGCCUGCUGGCAGAGGUGGUGCCUGUACCCAUCGAAGUGCCACUUACCCGAAAGGAUGCAGGAAGUCAACAGAUCGGCUUUCUCCUGGGCAGUUGUGGGGUUACUGUAGCUCUGACCAGUGACGCCUGCCACAAAGGCCUUCCGAAAGGACCCACUGGUGAAAUACCACAGUUCAAAGGAUGGCCGAAGCUGCUAUGGUUCGUCACGGAAUCCAAACACCUGUCCAAGCCGCCACGUGAUUGGUUCCCUCAUAUAAAAGAUGCAAAUAACGACACCGCCUACAUAGAGUAUAAGACCUGUAAAGAUGGGAGUGUUUUGGGUGUGACGGUGACACGGAUCGCACUUCUAACACACUGCCAGGCCCUAACGCAGUCUUGUGGAUACACAGAGGCUGAAAUCAUAGUGAAUGUAUUGGAUUUUAAAAAGGAUGUGGGUUUGUGGCACGGCAUUCUAACUAGUGUCAUGAACAUGAUGCAUGUAAUCAGCAUCCCGUACUCGCUGAUGAAGGUCAACCCUCUGUCCUGGAUCCAGAAAGUGUGUCAAUACAAAGCUAAAGUAGCUUGUGUCAAGUCCAGGGAUAUGCACUGGGCUCUGGUCGCUCACCGAGAUCAGAGAGACAUCAACCUGAGCUCCCUGCGCAUGCUGGUGGUGGCCGACGGAUCCAACCCAUGGUCCAUCUCAUCGUGUGACGCGUUCCUCAAUGUCUUCCAGAGUAAAGGUCUGCGGCCAGAGGUCAUCUGUCCGUGUGCCAGCUCAACUGAAGCCCUUACCGUGGCCAUCAGGAGGCCUACGGAUGACAGUAACCAGCCACCGGGUCGAGGAGUGCUGUCUAUGCAGGGUCUGAGCCACGGUGUCAUCAGAGUGGACUCAGAGGAGCGUCUCUCCGUACUCACCGUACAGGAUGUGGGCACCGUGAUGCCAGGAGCUCUGAUGUGUGUGGUCAAAGCAGAGGGAGUUCCUCAGCUGUGCCGAACAGAUGAGAUCGGAGAGCUGUGUGUGUGUUCCAUCGCCACGGGAAUGUCAUAUUAUGGGCUCUCGGGCAUGACAAAAAACACCUUUGAGGUUUUCCCCAUGAGCAGUUCUGGGGCUCCUAUCAGCGAGUACCCCUUCACUCGGACAGGGCUGCUGGGCUUCAUAGGCCCGGGUGGGCUGGUGUUUGUCUCUGGAAAGAUGGAUGGGCUGAUGGUGGUGAGCGGACGGAGACACAACGCUGACGAUAUCGUCGCAACAGCGCUGGCAGUGGAGCCCAUGAAGUUUGUGUACAGGGGCAGGAUAGCGGUAUUUUCCGUGACUGUCCUGCAUGACGAGAGAAUUGUGGUUGUAGCCGAGCAGCGGCCGGACUCCACAGAGGAAGACAGCUUCCAGUGGAUGAGCCGUGUGCUGCAGGCGAUAGACAGCAUCCACAACGUCGGGGUGUUUUGUUUGGCUUUGGUGCCCGCUAACACCCUUCCCAAGACUCCUCUGGGAGGGAUCCACCUGUCGGAGACCAAGCAGCUGUUUUUGGAAGGCUCCCUACAUCCCUGUAACGUCCUAAUGUGCCCUCACACCUGCGUCACCAACCUGCCCAAACCCAGACAGAAACAGCCAGAGAUUGGACCCGCCUCUGUGAUGGUGGGAAACCUGGUCUCAGGGAAGAGGAUCGCUCAGGCCAGCGGCAGAGAUCUGGGCCAGAUCGAAGACAAUGAUCAGGCAAGAAAGUUCCUCUUCCUGUCUGAGGUGUUUGUGGUCCUGUGCUUGGGAGCAGUCCUGAGCUCACUGACGUGUCUUCAGUUGCAUAAGCGGGCGGAGAAGAUAGCAACCAUGUUGAUGGAGCGAGGCCACCUGCAGGAUGGUGAUCAUGUUGCGCUGGUGUACCCGCCUGGUAUCGAUUUGAUUGCUGCCUUUUACGGAUGCCUGUAUGCCGGCUGUGUACCAAUUACAGUGCGACCACCACACCCGCAGAACAUCGCCACCACCCUGCCCACUGUAAAAAUGAUUGUGGAAGUGAGCCGAUCGGCCUGUGUGAUGACCUCACAGGUCAUUUCCAAGCUCCUGAAGUCAAAGGAGGCUUCUGCCGCAGUGGACGUCAGGACGUGGCCUCCUGUUCUGGACACAGAUGAUCUGCCAAAGAAGAAGCCCCCUCAGCUCUACAAACCCUCCAAUCCAGACACACUGGCUUACUUGGAUUUCAGCGUCUCCACUACUGGGAUGCUUGCAGGAGUAAAGAUGUCCCACACAGCCACCAGUGCCUUUUGCCGCUCUAUAAAGCUCCAGUGUGAGUUGUAUCCUUCUCGUGAGGUGGCCAUCUGCCUGGAUCCGUACUGUGGCCUCGGCUUUGUCCUCUGGUGCCUCUGCAGUGUGUAUUCAGGGCAUCAGUCCAUCUUGAUUCCCCCGUCCGAGCUGGAGGUGAACCCCGCUCUGUGGCUGCUGGCUGUCAGUCAGUUUCGGGUCAGAGACACGUUCUGUUCGUACUCCGUCAUGGAGCUUUGCGCCAAGGGCUUGGGCCUGCAGACAGAAUCUCUCAAGUCCCGUGGACUUGACCUGUCCCGUGUGAGGACGUGUGUGGUCGUCGCUGAGGAGAGGCCCAGGAUAGCCCUCACCCAGUCCUUCUCCAAGCUCUUUAAAGACCUGGGCCUGCACCCGCGAGCCGUCAGCACUUCCUUCGGAUGUAGAGUGAACCUGGCCAUCUGCCUGCAGGGGACAUCAGGACCAGACCCGACUACUGUGUACGUGGACAUGAGAGCUCUCCGACAUGACAGAGUGCGGCUGGUCGAGCGAGGCUCCCCACACAGUCUCCCUCUCAUGGAGUCUGGAAAGAUUUUACCCGGAGUUCGAAUCAUCAUCGCCAAUCCUGAAACGAAGGGUCCGCUGGGAGAUUCCCAUCUAGGGGAGAUCUGGGUUCACUGUGCCCAUAAUGGCAGCGGUUACUUCACGGUGUAUGGCGAUGAGGCCCUGCAGUCUGAUCACUUCAACUCACACUUGAGCUUCGGAGACACGCAGACCGUAUGGGCACGUACCGGCUACCUGGGCUUCCUCCGCAGGACCGAACUCACAGAUGCAAGUGGAGAGCGGCACGACGCUCUGUAUGUAGGGUUAGAGACCUCUGUGAUACGCACCCACAAGAGCAUCAUGGAAUGUGCGGUGUUUCCCUGGACCAACCUGCUGGUGGUGGUCGUGGAGCUGGAAGGUUCAGAACAGGAAGCUUUGGACCUGGUUCCUUUAGUCACCAACGCAGUCCUGGAGGAGCACUACCUGAUCGUAGGCGUGGUGGUGGUGGUGGACAUUGGUGUCAUUCCCAUAAACUCUCGUGGAGAGAAACAGAGGAUGCACCUGCGAGACGGCUUUCUAGCUGAUCAGCUGGACCCCAUUUAUGUGGCAUAUAACAUGUAGCAUGAGUGUACGCGUGGAUGCUGUCGCGUGGAUGUUUGCGUGCGUGUGUUUUGCCGACUGCACAUGGCCGUUUGGGCGAUCUUCCGUGAAUGGACACUUACUGGGAGAAACUUUGAGAAGUGAUAACAAAGCCAAACAGAAAAAUGGAUUGGCAGAAGGAUUCGGUCUCCUGAAGGGAAGAAGAAUCGCCUCUGCUUCUGCUUGUGUGCACGUCGCUUUGUUCUCACGCGAGGUGUUGCGACAUCGUUCAUUUUUAUUCCGCCCUACGUGAGCGAAGGCUAUUUUUAAGUAUCUGCAUACUGUGGCGAAAUGUGCAUUUUAAGUUUCCCGAUGAUUCGGAGUAACUUGUUGAAAGUAGACGUGCUAUCAGACACUCUGGACGCCAUUUCUGUCCAUUCAUUUUAAAAAAGGUACAACGCCAACUUGUUACAUUUGUACGUACGUUCCAGCCGUCCUUCAAUAACUUGCCGCUUUAGUUUUUCAACCUUUGUAAAUGUUCUCAAACAGCAGGAAGCAAAAACGAAAAAAAAAAAAAAAACGUCCCCUGCUUUUUCGAUUCCUCCAUGUUUAAUAUCAUUGUACAAAGCUGAAGGUGAACACAAAGUCAGUUGAUAUUGUGUAAUUAUGUACAGAUAAUAGUUCUUAUUUAUUUUGCUCUUUUUAGAAUUGGUGAGCGAAGACAUUUGGAAAUGUUUUCCUCAUUAA